AUGAGCACGACCUUGACGAGGCAAUGUCCCCACGUCGCUUGCAGCUUCACUGAGGCCACCGGCAAUGUCUCACGGCUGAUCGACCACAUCAAGGUCACACACGACCUCACCGAAAUCCCAUCCCUUCUGGCCUUGGUGCAAGUUGUCAACGUUGGUAGUGGUUCUGGUCCUCACCGCUGCGAGAAGUGCAACAAGACGUGCAGGUCUGUUCGACACCUCAAGGAUCACAUUCGAAAGUCAAAGGCGCAUGAAGACGAGUACAAGACGAGGGACACGUUUGUUUGCGUGAACUGUGACUGUGGCGGGUUUCCGAGCUGCGCACAGCUUGUGGCACAUAUCCAAAGCAACCAUCCUUCAUACCAUGAAACGGUGGUGGAUAUGCGCCAUUUCAGAACCCUGAACGCCUUCGCGGCGUGGCUGCUCGAUGAACAGGAGACGACAUAUGCGUCCUACACGAAUGAGCCAUGGACUGAUCUCAAGCGGAGGACACCAACAACCUGGGCUCUGUGUGUCGUGACGCUGCCUGAGUGUGGCCGAGUGCGGGCUGAGCUGUUCAAGGAGCACACUUAUAGCCUGAGUGUCCUUGGCAUCCCAAUACCGGAUGGGGUGAGGCUUUGGAUCCGGCCAGCACCUCGCUUGCACGGUGGCGGAAACGCCGCUGAGCCCGACAGCGCAGACCACAAAGCACCGCGCCAUAACGAGAAGCUGGGCCGCAAUCACACCCGCUGGAUGAGCAAGGAAGUGAUGGUCGUUGUUGGUGUUGGCAAACCGCAGACCCUCGACCGCAGCUACAUCAGCUCCUACGAUGUCUUGGCUUCCAACCGACCGCGGUCGCCCACAACUCAUCCCAUCGACUGUGUCACAUUCUGUGUUGGCGGUACAGGGGGUCGACAGCCUGAUAUGCUGGGCGAAGCGAGAAGCUCCAUCCAACAAACGCUGGAGUACCUUCCUCUCUCACACGUGAGCCAGCGCGACCAAGUCCCCAUUCCUCUUCCAUUCACGCCGCUGUAUCAUGCCAAUGACUCAAACAACGAUGGCACUGGUAGCGAUGAUGGUGGUGGUGGUAAUGGUAGUUUGGAUCACGGCAGCAGCGCUGUGCACGAUGGUGCGGUGUCGUCGGGAACAGCGACACCGCCAUCAGCGAUUUGCAACUCGUCGUCACAGACAUCCACGUCGCUUGCACACCUUCCGGCAUCGCUCUCCCUGCCACCUCCCCCAUCAAACGAGGACACGAAUACCACCAGCGCCAGCAUUGACAACAGCAGUGGCAACAGCGGUAGCGGUAGUGGUGGGCAUGAGGCAAACCAACUGCUGCUGUCGACGGUUGUUGGACAGGCGGAGCAGCGUCUUCCUGUUCGCUCGUAUUGGCAGACACACGACCACCUGUGGUCCUUCCACGACAUCCGCUCUGUCGUCACGUCUGACCUUGCCAUCUUUGGCGAUGGCGAGAAGCCCGUGCCGGCCAUCAGCCUGAAGCUGCGGGAGGACGGACAGUCAAUCAACGUGCUCACUGGCAUGGAUCUCUGGCUGGACAACCUCAUGUGCAACGUCCCAGAGAUUAUGAUGUGCUACCACACGAACGGUGCUGUGUCACGCUACGAGACAAUCACAACAGAGGACCUGCCCGAGAUGAGCGGGUUUGAUCCAGAGGCCGUUGUGGCCAUUGCGCAAUCCAUGAAGACCUUCCUCAACAAGAACUGCACGGAGGAAGGACACACCUACUGGCUGUACAAGGGCGAGGAUGACGACAUUGUGCGGCUGUACGACUUCACCGCCCUCAUUGAGCAAUCGCGGUCCUUGUCCACAGACCCAAACUCAAACGUGACCAACCCGUUUUCGCACUCGGUCGCGCUGCUGCUGUACAAGAUUGCCAUCCGCAUUUUGGAGGACGACCAGCCCCAGACGGACGACGAUGAUGCAACGGUGUGUCGACUCCUGGCCAACGCACGUAACCUGGUGGAGGCAGAGCGGUAUCCGAAGCUUGCAGCCGCCAUCAACCUGCACCUGAGCCAGAUGCCACCGCACGUCCUCGCCCGGCUCAACCUCGCUGAUCAUCGUGGCGAUGGCGAUGGUGGCAGUCGUGAUGGUAGUGAUGGUAGUGAUGGUAGUGAUGGUGGUGGUGAUGGCAGUGAUGGAAGACGUGGUGCAGCCCGCACGCCAAGCGCACACAAGCAACAGCAGCAGCAGCAGCAGCAGGGGCAGGGGCGUAGUCGUGCUGGUGCCAGUGGUCGUGCUGGUGCCAGUGCUUCGUCAUCAUCAACAGCAACACCACCAACAUCUUCAUCAUCACCGCCACCGCGUCGGCCACCCGACACUGAUGCGUACCAUGCACAGCUCGUUGCCUUGGACCUGUUGGAGCCAGCGGUGGAGUGGAUUGCAGACAACCCACAGGACGGCCACAGCCGGCAGCUGCUGGAGCUGGUGCUCACGCGCGCCGCACACCAUUACGCAACGCUGGCCAAGCUUGCGUUGCAGCGCGGGACCAAGCUUGCGUUGCAGCGCGGGAAGUUUGGAUCCACCGUCCGCUUUUGUGACCUGUGCCUGCGGUGCCGCACCGGCGCGCGCCGAGCAAGCACGUGGUAUGACGGUGGUGACGGCGGAGGUCAAGGUGCUGAUGGGGAUGCGGGCCCCAUCAUUGCCAUCAGGGCGGCAGAGCAGCUGCAGACACACGUGAAGCAAGAAGACGACCUGCUUGGUAAAGUGUUGCCGCUGGCCGCACACGCGCUCCUGGCGCUUGCGGCGCUGCACCACGACGCACCCCAGCACCUUCCCCAGCAGAUGGCAGAGGCAACAUACCGCACACGGCAGGAUGCGGCUCUGGCGCGGGAAAGGGGGCGGGUGUGGGCAUGUGGUGCCGACGAAGGAGCACAAACUGACAAUAAUGACGACGAUGACAACGAUGACGGUGAUGAUGGCGAUAUGGUGAUGAAGGCGAGCGGUUCGAGCGAGGACAAGGUCGGCCGGAAUGGCAGUGGUGUAGGCAACAGUGCUGGUGGUGAUGGCGACACGCGUGAUUGGGGCCAGCAAUUUGGUUCGAUUCCAAGCACUUUUGGGGGAUCGCUGCUCCAGCGCCAGGCCGUUGUCUCGUUUCCUCUUCCCAGCGACAGAGCGGCACUGGCAAAGGCGGCACUCGCUCUCUACGACUUUAUCCACAACGCCUCUCUGAUGGAGGAGCAGACGCUGGUGCGGCAGACGGGCAACGCGCACAACGAGAUGGCCAAAGUGCUGAUGGACCAGCUAUCGGAGAUGCCGGUACUCACUGCCUGGUCUGCCGCGCAAUUUGAAGAGCAGAAGCAAAUGGCGUGUGCGCAUUUCUUCCGCGCGCUGGCGGCGUUUCGCAACCUGCGGGACCGCGUGAACCAGGCCGUCAUCAACUGCAACCUGGCCAAGCUCAUGCGCAUCAGUUACGCGCGCAACCAACUCCACAUGAAUGCGCAGGAAGCACAGCGUGCGCGGCGUCGUGGCGGUGGUGGUGGCGAUGGUGGUGGCAGUGGCGCAGUGCACGAUGCAAGUAAGGACAAGUCAGCACGGCCAUCAGCAUCAGAACAACCCGACGCUCACACGGACACGAAAGCCAGCACCAACGACGACGAUGGCGAUGGUGGUGAUGGUGAUGAUGGUAGUGCCAGUCCCCAUGCUGUCGCGUCAACCGCUGACCGCAACCUGCACAUGCACGCCAUCCAGUACUACCAGCAGGCGAAGGACUGCCUUGCGCGCCGCGCCGUGCACCCGCAGUUGUGGGACCAGAUCCAGCUUGAGCUGGGCGGCACGCAUCUUGGGUUUGCGGCGCUGCUGGCGAGUGCUGCCCCCGGCCUUCGCGACGAUACGCACGUGGACUCGUACCUCAACAGCGCCAUCGCCAUCUUUGCAGACAUCAGCCGCAACCUCACGUCCGCGCCCGCCACCGCCGGCCGGCACGACAACGCGGCCUGGAUCAGUGCAAUGCGUCGCGCUGUGUCGCUGAAGCUCGGGGGAGGCGCACCAUCGCCUUGGGCUCGUGCAUCGGCGGCGAGCAAGGUGCAGAGAAACCACCUCAACAAGGCGCUGUCGUACUACGCCAUGCACCCGGACGAAACGGCCGGGCUUGUGCUGCAGGUGCACUUUGAACGGGCCACGCUGCACAGCAUCGCGCACGGUCGGCUCAGCGCCAGCCCCAGUGUUGUGCGUUGA